CGGUAGUGUGUAUACCUGUGCUAAUAGUUCUGUGACAUUCUCGUCUUCUGUCCGCAGCUUGACAGGUAACUCUGAUGAUCCAUAUCUGUCUUGUAGUUCCCUGAUGCCCUCUUGUACCUCUGUCUCACGUGAUUCUUGCAAUUUUGUUUUAUGUAUAACCCAGGCUGCGUCAAUAUAUAACUUGAGAUCACGUUUUCCCCAAUCAUUAUAUGCGCCGUCACUACAUAGUUCCUCAGCUGUCGUAUUCCAAAAUGUCCAAUAUACUCGUGUCAUUUCAGCAUCUUGCCCGUUUAUUUCACGUUCAGAGAAGAUUCGAAUACUUCUUAGUUUGGCAAAAGGGUAAGGACUGUCUUCCUUCUGUUCUGAUGCUUUGCUCUUCUUUGCUGGGGGUUCCUCUUCACUCCCUCCUUCCUGCAAUAUGUUUUCAGGAGUAUUAUCAACACGUAAGCUUUCUUCUUGAGGUUCACUCAUAUUUAAUGUAGCUGCUAAAAUGUGGCAAGUUUCAAACUUUUGAUCUUGUCAACAAUACAUUUUCCCUAACAUAGGCCUGCGAACAGGUGUAUAUUCAGCUGUGAUUAGGAUAAUACUUACAUGAAGUUUUUAAUAUCAAUUCAAAAUGGUGGUGUUUAAAACUCCUCAUUUCAUAUUUUCGUGUAAAGCAGUCCAAAUUUCUAAAAUGUCGUAGUUUAAACGUGUUUAUAACAAGCAUGGAAAGCAACGAUGGAGAUAAUAUAUUAUUAAAUUUAACUACGGAACAACCUUAUUCUGUGGCAAUUAUUAAGAAGACAAAAUCGAGAGUAAGUAGAACACGUGUUCUUAUCAAUAUUCUAUGCGUUGUAUGUCUUUAGAGUAAAUAUAAAUAUUCUGUGUUGUCCAUAUUUCAUUGGAAAAUGAUGGUUACUUGUCUGUGCAUUCUUUGCUGCUGCAAGUGAAGAGAUAUUAAAGCGUGUUCCUUUUAAUACAUCAUGUCAUUUGUCUUGUGUAUAUUUGUAUUAAUGUAUAUUCCUUUACAGUGAUAUAUUCUUUAUUUUCAAAGCAAAGUGAUUCUACCAAAAAACCAAGGCAUGUUAAAUUAACACAAGGAUCAGCAAAAUGCAAAAAUGUUCACAAAAAUAAGGUGAUGUCAGCAAGACAAAUCAUUCCUUUUUUAAGGCCGUUUUCCACAAGGUUAUUUUCUGUGGGGAGUGAAAUAACCCAAGAAAUCACAACACAAAGAAACAUUCCGCUCCACAUGGAAUGUUCCGCCUAGUGGUAAACAGCCUUUAGUUUAGUAUUAUGAGGUAUUCUCUGAUAAAAACGUCAUGAUGUGAUCUCCAAAUUUAUGUUACAUGUACAAUUCUAUUCCAGGUGUCAGAAGAUGCAAAUUCUGAGAAAUUUCAGGUAUAUGCAUGAAUAAUUGUCAUUCUCAGGUACUUGUGUAAUUAUAUCAAUUUUGACAACAUGACCGUGUAAUUCUUGACAACAAAUUCAAAAAGUAUGUAUAGGGUAUAGUUUGGUUUUGAAGGAAGGAUUCUUAUCCAUUCUCAAAUUUAAUCAGUUCAUUUUGUUAUGUUGUCAGGUUAUUUCAUCCCUGUUUCGAAAGAAUCCAAAAUUGCCAGACAUCUCCAGGUAAGACAUUUAUAACAGAACAUGCUGUACAUAUGUUGUAAUCUAUUUUCUAAUUACAUACAACUAAAUCAUUAAUUGCCACAUUCCAGUGCUGUAAUUCAAUCCGAGGACAAGAAGGAAGAUGGGACAUUCAGUGGAAGUGAAUUCAGGAAUAUGAACUUAGCUCCAUUUAUGGUUCGUUCUUCUAAAUAUUUGAGAUGACUUUUGAAUAGAGGAAAUGAUAUUAAACUGACCCACAACAAUGAAAUGAGCAUAUGGACUGUUAUAACUUCCCCAGCUAUGUGUAUUUGUUUUAGAACAUGUCGUAUUAGGUAGACCAACUUUGAACACAACUCCUUGCCAUAAAAUAAGAGUAAUGUGUUCUCUUCUAAUUUGCUUAGAUAUCAAAUCUUGAGAAAAAUCUUCAUUUGAAAAAAAUGACUAGGUUUGUAUGAAUUAGAGUAGAUGACUGUAAUAACUAAAGCCAUCAAUGCACAAGACUUUCCUUUUGAUGAAUAAACUUGUCUGGCUAAUUAGACAGAGUAAAAAAUAAAGUUGUGUGCAUUUAAGCACAUAAUUUGCAUUUACCAUACAAGACACAAUUGUGUUCUGUUAAUCAGUUAGUUAAUUACUGCAUUUCUCAAGUGUUGAAAUAAGUAUUUUGUUUUGUUCAGUGUUCAAAAAGCUUCCCUGCCGUCAUUACUAAGUGGUAAAGAUGUGUUUAUUAAAUCACCAACUGGCACAGGUAUACCUGAUUUGGAUUCAUAUGGUUGCGUGUGUGGCAGCUGUAUUAUAUAACAGUUUUCAUUUAUUUCUUCCUAAAUGACAUUGUCUUCCUGUUCUAGGUAAAACUUUAGCAUAUGUCAUUCCUGUUGUCCAGUCUCUUCAAGAUAUUCUGCCAAAAAUACAGGUAAUAAAUAAAUAAAUAGAUAUUGUUUAGUAAAUGUAUAUAUUAUUUGUAGUGAAUAUAGUGUCUUUGAUUAUUUUAGCGUAUAGAUGGUCCAUAUUGUCUGAUCUUGGUCCCAACCAGAGAGGUAAAUGUGUUUGGAACAUUUUCUCUAUAUUUUGUAGUAAACUUGUAAUUAUGGGUCAUUCCAGAAAACAUCCAUACCACCCCCACAGAGGAAAUAGGAAGUUAACCCCCCUACCCCCUUCGGAUGUCCUAAUACAUUUACUAUUAUCAGAAACAAUUUUUUCUCCCCGCCCCCUCCGGACGGCAGAAAUUUCCUCCAUGGGAGGAGUAUGGAUCCUUUCUGGAACGACCCAAUGACAUGGGUGGUUUGUUUUUAGCUGGCCAGUCAAACUUUGACAGUUAUACAACAAGUUUUAAAGGUAAAUUAUGAUUUUAAUGAUCACUUUGCUAUAUGGUUUGUUCAGACUCAAGAAUAGAGUCUAUUCAAUAGACAGCCUCAUUAUUCUUCAACUCAUUGAGCCGCAAUGCGUUCUAGCUUACUUUUUUUACUUGUCUAAUGCCAGACUAUUUACUCAUCAAUUGGGAAGCUCUGCUGAAAAAAAUCUGACAAUGUCUCUAGUUAACCCAUUGAGCCGCAAUACACCCCAGUGCACCCUACUAAUUUAUUAUCUUACAAUGUCUAAUGGCAAAUGUUUUUACUUUGCUGAAUGGGUUAAUUUUUGUUUAGCCAUUUAUCUGGAUUGUCCCUGGCUGUGUUACUGGAGGAGAAAAACGCAAGUCAGAGAAAGCGAGGUUGUCAACAUUUUGUCCAAUUUACACAAGAGUUAGUGAAUAAUAAUGAAGUUUUUCUUUUGUACCAGAUUAAGGAAAGGAGUUAACAUAUUAGUGGCAACACCUGGAAGACUUGUUGACCAUCUUAAAGUAUGUCAUUGUAAAUGUAUAUUUUUAAAAUUUUAUUAGCUUUGCCAUGAUAAGUACAUAAACUAAAUAGAGUACAAGUGGCAGGGUUAUCGCAACAAAUUUACUUAGAGGAAUAUAAGACUGUGAUGAUUGAAAUUCUGUUAGAACUUUAGCAUUUAUUUUAUCUAGACUACACAAUGCCUGACAAUGGCACAACUUAAAUGGCUUAUUUUGGAUGAGGCUGACAGGUCAGUUUAUAAAUAGUCAGUCCAUGCUUAAAAAUAUAGUUAUCAUCACUCCACCGUGACAAUCUUUCUUCGUUUCUUGGCAAUUAUUCUCUAGGCUGCUUGACCUUGGCUUUGAACAAGAUAUUUCUUUUAUUCUGUCUACAAUUAAAGAACAUACUUCAAGAAAAGUUCAGAAAGUUUUAUUAUCAGCAACUUUAUCCCGAGGUAUGGCAAGACACUAUACAUUAACGUUCAAUAACUGUUGAAUGUUUAUACUGAUAAAACCUUGAAAUAAAAUUGUUUUAUUGUCACAAGGGGAUGCUAAAAAACUGGGUCACAGAGUAUAUACUUCACAGAGGUCUGACUAAUUGGCAAAACAUGUAAGCAACCUCUGUGCACCCGCCAUGUUCCUUGUCAGUUUACUAACAAGAGGAACUUGCCCCACUCUACUGCUGAACUUAUAAAAUAACCCCGCCAUUUGGAAUGUUACAUAGCGGCUGGUUACAUGGUACUGUAGUCUAUUACUCUGUGACAGGUUACUGCCUCUUCAACACACAACAACUGUUAAAUAUUGAUAAAUGACUAAAUACUGACUUCUAUGACUUAGGUGUUGAGAAUUUACUUGAUGUGAGUAUGGAAAAUCCAGUUACCAUUGACUUGACUAAAGAAGGAAACUCAGAACGGGAGGUAUUUAAUUAAACCAUUGUUGACACGCAGUAUUUUGUUCACACGCAGUAUUUUGUUUACACACAGUAUUUUGUUUACACACAGUAUUUUGUUUACACACAGUAUUUUGUCUACACGCAGUAUUUUGUUUACACGCAGUAUUUUGUCUACACGCAGUAUUUUGUUUACACACAGUAUUUUGUUUACACGCAGUAUUUUGUUUACACGCAGUAUUUUGUUUACACACAGUAUUUUGUUUACACACAGUAUUUUGUUUACACGCAGUAUUUUGUCUGCACGCAGUAUUUUGUUUACACACAGUAUUUUGUUUACACGCAGUAUUUUGUCUACACGCAUGCAGUAUUUUGUCUACACGCAUGCAGUAUUUUGUCUACACGCAGUAUUUUGUUUACACACAGUAUUUUGUUUACCCGCAGUAUUUUGUUUACACGCAGUAUUUUGUUUACACGCAGUAUUUUGUUUACACACAGUAUUUUGUUUACACGCAGUAUUUUGUCUACACGCAUGCAGUAUUUUGUCUACACGCAGUAUUUUAUUUACACGCAGUAUUUUAUUUACACACAGUAUUUUGUUUACACCUACCGCUAGUACUUUGUUCACACACAGUAUCUUGUUUACACGUAGGUACAGUAGUAUUUUGUUUACACGUACGUAGUAUUUUGUUUACACGUACAGUAGUAUUUGUUUACACGUACGCAGUAUUUUGUUCGCACGUACGCAGUAUUUUGUUUGCUUCCCCUGAACUGCACUCGAUUGGUAAUUUAUGUUCGUUUCUUAUGUCGUAUAGCAAGUGGAAUAUCAGACUCCCAGUCUCCUUGAGCAGUUCUGUGUUGUUGUUCCUAUGAAGUUAAGACUUGUCACAUUGGCUGCAUUUCUUCAACGAAAAUACCUGGUACUUGUUUUAAUGAAAUAACGUCUGCUGAUUUGUCUUGGCAAGACACAAUUACAGUAGUGUGAACAUUAGUGUUGUGUUUAUAUUUUAUAGAAGAAUUGCAAAAUCAUUGUAUUUUUCACAACGCAAGAUUCUGUUGACUUCCAUUUUGUGCUUUAUUCUUCAACUCUUACAACAGUGGAAGGUAAAUACAAUUACCAUUCGUAAACAAGAAGUGCUUGAAAAACAACAGCAAAAAGUGCACAACGCUGGUAACCAUAGGCGUCAAAAGAUCGAUAAGUGUUUGGACCAUAUUCAUAUAUUCGUGUUCACAGACCGUAAAAACAAUUUAUUUCAAAAGAAAUUAAUAAUGCAGACCACGAAUAUAUGAAUAUAGUCCCCCAUUAUCGAUCUUUUGACGCCUAUGCUGGUAACAACAGCAUUAAUGACGACAAUAAAUUUCCUAAGCCGUUGGGCAUUGAAAUGUAAUGCAUAAUACUUUAAUGUACAAUUACUUUACAAUACAUUAUGCGAAGUACUUUAAUUUGCUGUUUAUGCUAUUGUGGUUGUUAAUAUUGAUGUGUACAGUAUGUUCUUGUGGUGAUUGUUGGUGUCACGUGUUUAUAUGUUUGCAUGUAUUUGGCGAAAUCUAAUAAAUAAUAAAUUACUUAACUAAUUAGUAAAUCUCAAUAUGUAUCUCUUGGUAUAGGAGAUAAAUUGAAAUUUUUGAAGCUUCAUGGCAAACUAUCACAACAUGUAUGUCUAGUGUUUUCAAGCAAUAUCAUCAAACAGAGGACAUUGGUGAUAAGUUUAAUCUUGUUCUAAAUAUAUUGUUUCUUCAAUCCAUGUUGUUUCACCAGAUGUUACUUUGUAAUUAUUCUUUAGGAAAGGACUGAGGUAUUUUCAAAUUUUAAAGAUUCAGACCAAGGAAUUCUUUUGUGCACUGUAAGUGUUUCACCUUAGUUUGACAUCCUGUGGCGAGGUUAAUAAAUUGUAAACUAUAGUGCCUGCCCUGAGGAUUUUCAGACCUGCCCUGAGGGUUUCCAGACCUGCCCUGAGGGUUUCCAGACCUGCCCUGAGUUUCAUCUUAGUUUGACAGGUUGUCUAUGAUUACUACGUUGCGGUCAUCCUGUGGCGAGGUUUAUAAUAAAUUGUAAACUAUUUCUUUGUUUACAUGCUGACAUGCUGGAGUAGAGAGUUUAAGUUCGACUUCCGAUACCAAUAGCAAUGUCUUCACUUUCACCGGGAAUUUUAAAGCGUUAAGUUAUCACGAUAAAGUAUAGAACACCGUCACCCAAAAUGUGCGGUAUGCUAAACAGCAGCUGAGCUAAAAUUCCGACUAAGGCGGUGAUAAUAAACAAAUAGUUUACGUGUUUAUCGAAAUAGUUAUAUGAAAUACCUGAUUUAUAUGAGUUUAUCUUACAAAUCCCACAACUUCCAAAACAAGCUAGGCCGACUUCGGUAUAGUGGUGACUUCCAAUACAAUUUUAUUCUUGACAGUUCUCCAAGAGCUAGGCUCAUCGAGGGAGUUCAUGUUGACUUUAUUGGUAUCGGAAGUCCAACUUAAACUCUCUAGUAACGAAUGGACUGCAAGGAGUUAUUUUAUUGUCUUGCAGGAUGUCGCUGCCCGUGGACUGGACCUUCCUUCUGUGAAUUGGAUUGUUCAGGUAUACGCCCAUGUUGGGUUUGCAUACGAAUUGUUACAAGAGACAUUUCAAGCUCUAGAUUAACAAAGUAAAGGUUUGAUAAGUGUUGUUCUAACUACAUUUAACUCAUUGGAAUACAUGAUAUUGUUGGGAAAGCAUUAGCUAACCAAGGUUGCGUGAUUGCAUCAUCCUCUUUUCAUUCGAGUUUAAGUGUUGCAACAUGUUAUAACCCGUAUACAGUACCUGUACAUUAUACAUGAAUAACGAAAUAUAAACCUAACCCGUAUACAGUACCUGCACAAUAUACAUGAAACGAAAUUCCAUCUAAUUUCCAUUUCAGUACAAUCCUCCUGUUAGUUCUACUGAUUAUGUUCAUCGUGUUGGACGAACAGCAAGAAUUGGCAUGUCAGGACAAGCACUCCUCUUUCUUUUGCCCACGGAGGUAUAUACUGUUGAGCAUGCGCACCAGUGGGGCCUUUUCCACAGAUUAGUGUUUUCAGUUUGGCAUUUCUAUCAAGGAAUCAAACCGACAACGUCUUUUUUAACAAAUGUAUUUUUAUAUUUUAGGUGCCGUAUUUAAAUAUUUUGAGUGAACAAAAUUUAAGGUACUAAGUUUUAUGCUUCAUUUUUUUAUAACAAACGAUAACAGACUAAAGAGAGCCUUCGUCUGAGCCAUUACUCAAUACGGCGAGAAGUGUUUCCCGUUUAGAUUAACCGGCUGUCCAUAUUUACAAGAGUCUACGAUGUUUUGAUUUUGAAGGCUUAAUGAACUGAAGAUGAACGAUAUUCUCACUGCAUUUGUACGCUCGCACUGUGGAAAAAAGAAAACGAGUGAAGAAUAUUUACACAGCUUGGUAACAGAACAGCAUAUGAAGUUUGAAGAGAAUGUUUUGCAGAACAAAUCGUUGAAACAACUUGCUCUAACUGGUGAGUAAACAUGCAUAUAUAGUCGUCAGAGAACGUUUGCCUUUUGCUAUAGAGAUUAGAGGCGUCCAUCGAGUGCAGAUAAUAUUUCGAUAAGCGUUCGCUAAUUUGGGGUGCUCUAUUAGUUUAGUUGGUGCCAGUCUAGGUAGCAACGAUGACAGCUUCGGAUUGAAAGAGAUACAACUACCUGAAAAAUUGCUGUAUGUGUUGGUGUAUGUACUCAGGUGAAUAUGAUGUUUGUGAUGUUACUCUGAGUGUGCACACCGGUCAGGCUGAAAAGUUUAUCGAACCCGCCACCUUUGGGAUACUAGUCUAAUGCUCUAUACCAACUGAGCUACGAGGUCAAGUCGAUUGGGCAGAUCUUAGAAAACAUCGAUAUCGAAGGAACUAGAUCUGCCCACCGUGGUCAGGCAAACUUUUCAGCUUGCCUGAAAAUAUAGGCAGAACUUGAACGUUCGAGUGAAGGCCUUUCGUAUAGGGCCUUCUCGUCGUAUCUCUUUCAUUCCGCAGCCGAAACUUCAGUAAGUAUUAGAGGAGCAUUUGAAGUUGUGUUGUGCGUUGUUCCUUCAGUGGACAAAAUAAUCCAAGACGAAUAUUGCUAUCUAUAUUUUCGUUUAGUGUCAGACUACACAUCACAAUCAAUAAAGAUUCAUCACUUAUUUUUAGUUCCAUUAGUAAAAUUAUAAUGAUGAAUAAUUUUCUUUACAGCAUUUCGUUCUUUCAUUGGAGCGUACAAUACAUUUCCCUCAUCUAUCAAACACGUCUUUCAUCCACGCAAUUUACAUCUUGGUCAUUUAGCAAAAAGUUUUGCUUUGAGAGAAACACCGAGUGAGAUGAAACAAAAAUUAUCUUUUAAAGAAGGAAGGUAAAUAUUUGUUUGUUUAGUUAAUCUGCGAGCUUGGAAGUUGCGAAUUGCGAGUUUAGAAGUUGCAUGCAUGUUUAACCCCAAAUUAAAAUCAUGCAAAUGUGCCCUAUAUGACCGGUAUAUAUUAGAAAGUAGGAACUAGGACUGACUGCGUGGUCUAAUAAUCAGGCUUUCGACUAUCGUUUAAGCUAUUAAUCAAUUUAUAGAAAAAUUUAAAUCAUAAUAAAAAUUAAAAUAUUUGUAAAAACAAUAGGGCAGGAGCGUCCACACAGAAGGGAGCAAAAGCGACAAUUUGCCCUGGGCCCCGAAUUAAAAUUAAAGCAUAAGUUAGUAACUUGGACAUGAAACAGGAAAUUCAUUUUGUCCAAAAUUGCAUUGUAAAAUUGUAUUGUAAAACUGUAUUGUAAAAUAUUUGCAUAUAUGUAAUUGAUUUAGAAUGCAGGUUGACGAAGGUAAAGUUAAAAGAUCUCGAAAGGUCAGUGAACACUCGUCCAAAUUUGCAGUAGCUGAACCAUCAAAAAAGAAAUUGAAAAGGAGAUGACAGACUCCGUACGUGAUAUAUAAAGUAACCAUGUAUAUUACAGUAUUUUCCACAAAGUUGUAACUCGUGACGCUCGAUGCCGUAUUGAUUUAUUUAUUUAUAUAGUCUUGUUCAAUUCUAGUAAUGAUUUAUAUUUUUAUAUCAUUGGUUUUUUGAUGUGGCGUCUUUGAAGGUUGCGAUAGCCAAUUAGAAGCCGUCUUGACAAUGCAUUUCAUUUAAAGCAA